CAUCAGUUUCCUGAGAAAUGCUACUUGUGUGUUUAUUUACUCGUCAGCUGAUGUUCAGUUCAGUGCUGCAUUGUCUUUACUGUAUGUCUGCAAAAUUCGCUUUGCAAAGUUGAGGUUUGAGGAUUGCGUCUUCAUAAAGAGCAGACGAUUGUUUCAGGAUGACACAGUGGAAGCGAUUGCAGCAGCUGGAAACAGUGCAUUCUCAGAGGGCUUUUGAUCUGUACAACAGAGAUGAGUUCCCAAUGGAAGUGAGACAUUAUUUGGCGCAUUGGAUCGAGGGCCAGGACUGGGAACGUGCUUCGCGGGACUCCUCCCAAGCCGCGUUCCUGUUUCAGGUGCUCUUGGAGAAUCUGGACAACCAGUUCAGUCGUUUUGCGCAAGAGAGAGAGAGUUUUCUACUGCAGCGUAAUUUCAGACGCUACAAACAAAACUUUCAGAAGUAUCAAGAGGAGCCUUAUACUCUUGCUACUAUUAUCAACUGGUUCCUGGUGAAGGAGAAAGAAAUCUUGAAUGAUGCAGAACUUGCACAGCAAGUGCAGACAUUGCAGGUUCAACCAGCGGCGAUGGAGUUGGAGAGCCAGAGACAAGUAGAAAAGAGUUUGAAAGACCUUAAGACUAAAGUAGAGGCGAUGGAGCACAGCAUAAGAUGUUUGGAGGAGCAGCAGGAUGAGUUUGAUUUUAAGUAUCAAACACACCGAAUGGACUCUUGCACAGAAGAAGAGAAGAAAAUGCAAGUAGAAGGUCUUCAGAAGAUGCUCAAUGCACUCGAUAAAUGUAGAAGGAACUUCCUGUCUGAUAUCUCGGCUAUUUUGGAUGCCGCUGAUGUUCUGCGCUCAGCACUUAUAGACGAGGAACUGGUCGACUGGAAGCGGAGACAACAGAAGUUCUGCAUUGGUGCUGCUGAGGAUACAAGUCUGGAACACUUAGAGAAAUGGUUCACUCAAAUUAUAGAGUGCAUGUUCCAGCUGCAGAAGUUCUUACAGAAACUGGAUGAGUUGGUAGGAAAGAUGACCUACGAUAAUGACCCUAUCCCAGCCCGAAAGACCCCUUUAAAGAGUAGAGUGGACACUCUGCUGACGCACUUGAUAAAGAGCUCAUUUGUUGUAGAGUCUCAGCCAUCCAUGCCGCAAGGUCGAGGCCCCCUGGUGCUGCGUACAAAUCUUCAGUUCUCAGUUAAAGUCAGAUUGUUAUAUAAGGUUUCUGAACUGAACCAUGUUAUGAAGGUGACUGUUUCUGUUAACAAUGCUGCUUCACAACUUAAAGGAUUUCGAAAAUUUAAUGUGCUCGGUACCUUAAGUAAAGCCCUUAACAUGGCUGAGAGUAUGAAUGGGGGCAUGGUCGCUGAUUUCAGACAUUUGACUUUAAAAGAUCAGAAGGUUGGUGGUGGAGGAAAAGGAAUCAAUGAUCUCUCAUUGAGUGUGACUGAAGAACUGCACAGGAUAACCUUUCAAACCCAAUUUGACCAUCAAGGCCUUUCUGUCCCUUUGGAGACCUCGUCUCUUCCUGUUGUGGUGAUUUCAAACUCCAGUCAGCAGCAGAGUGCUUGGGCGUCCGUCCUGUGGUUUAACAUGCUCUGUUCAGAUCCCAAGAACGUCAAGUUUUUUGAAACCUCUCCUGCAGCCACUUGGCCGCAGUUUGGAGAAAUGCUAAGUUGGCAGUUUCUCUCCUGUGGGAAACGUGGUUUAGACAGUGACCAGUUGGAGACCCUCGCAAUAAAGUUCUUUGGUAAACAACAGAGCUAUGACAACUGUAAGAUAUCCUGGACCAAGUUCAGCAAGGAGAACCUCACUGAUACAAACUUCACCCUGUGGGUGUGGCUGGAUGGCAUUCUAACCCUGGUUAAACUCUACCUGUCAGACCUGUGGAGUGAUGGGUCUAUAAUGGGCUUUGUCAGCAAGGGUAAAGAGAGACUUUUAUUAAAGAAGAAGCAGGAUGGCACUUUCCUAUUGCGUUUUAGCGAAAGCAUCAAAGAUGGAGGAAUCACAUUCAGCUGGGUGCAGUACGCUAAUGAUGGCACUCCGAGUGUGCAAACAGUGAAACCAUUUACCAGUACUGACCUUAAGCAGAUUGCUUUACCUGAUAUCCUCUGCAACUUUCGGAUCAUGAUAGCAGAAAAUAUUCCGGUUAACCCACUGUGUUACCUUUACCCAAACACUCCUAAAGACCAGGCCUUCGGCAAAUACUACAGUGAAAAGACUGGAGAGGAAAAUCCUUACCUGAAGUACCUCAAAACCAAGCUGGUUUUUGUCUCUAAAGAGAAUGGCUGUUCUGGCGUCAGAGAGGGGCCAGAAUCUGACCUGUCCACACAGGACAGAGGCCCUUCUUCUUUUUCUGACGCGGGUGAUGAUGACUUGUUUCUCCAUGAGAUUGAGAAGUCUCCAAUGUUCUCCGCCUCCACCAUUGAUGACGAUAUGCUUAACAGUAUUUUGGACAGUAAAAGCGAGUGCGGUAUUCCAGAUGCAUUUCCUCCAACUGACCUCAACACUUCACCAUCAUGCCUCCAAGACAACUUUUCUGUGAGCCCUCUGGAUAUCCUUGCGGACGCACUCUCUCCAGACGUUGAUGUUAAUAUCACACUGCAUGAGUUUCUAAAUUCUACAAACAUCCUAAAUGGCAUAACCCUUCGAAUGCUGCCGGAAGAGGCCGAUGACCUUGUGCCUGAAUCUGUUUUUCAAGACCUUGGCUGCCUAAACACACCGCUGACCCCCUAAAUUUCAUCCAUUUUAACACAAAUCCAUAAUCUAAUCUCAAGCCAUAUAAUGAUUUCCGUAACUGAUUUGUGGCGAAAAAGUACUGUUUAUAUUAUUGAUUUAUCCAUUUAGUUUUUAUAUCUGAAUGUCUACACACCCAGUCAUCUGUUACUUUAUGUCUGUUCCUUUUUUAUAAAAAAAGCCUUUAAAAAGGCUUGGAGGUAAAAAAAAACCUCUAGGAUGAGGUCUUGCGAUCUCACAAUUCGUAAGCUGCUAGCAAAUAUUUGUCCUUUAUAGAUAUAAGCUGGAAGAAAAAUGUUUUAUUGGAUUUAAUUCAAAGAAUAUCCAAGCACUUUUGCAAAUGGAAAUUGGUGGAGAAUAGGGUUUGGACGACUAUUUAUGUAAAAAAUAAAGAUCAUGUUUUUAUGAUCCAAGUUAGCUUUUAUGCAGGUUGAAAGAAAAGUUUGUAUUCUUUCAUUUUAAUUAACUGGGCCUUAAUGAAAAGAUUAUUUGAUAGUGAACGCAAUAAACUUUAUUAAUGUGUUAAACACAUUUUGGUAAUGUGAAUCCGGCAUUAGCUUUGAGCUAAUGGUUUAAAAAGCAUCUCAAGAGCAAAGACAUUUUUGUGCAUUUGUUUCCGAGCAUAAAACAAAUUUUCCAUGCACACAGUGCAAUUUCAGAAAAAGUGAAAAAAUGUCUUUGCAGUGGCAAAAAUUAAUUUAAAGCACCUUAAAAUAGUGCUUGUUUAAAAUUGCAUAAAUUAAUUUGACGUUUAAAGGCACCAAUGUAGAUAAUGCUUUUAUUUAACUCUUUUUGAGGCACCUUUACUUUCUCUUUUAUGAUCAAUUUUUAUUUUGUAUAACCACUAUUGAGACCUGAAUACUUUGCUUUUUGAUUUAAUGGCUAAACUUCACUAAGCUGCCCAACUUGAAGCCAAAAUACUCCCAUUAUCCUGUUUUUGGUACUGGAUAGUUCAGUCAUCAAUCACAGAGUUUUAAUUAGGCAGAUACUAUUUGAAAAUGUAAUUGAUUAUUUUUGACACUGCUUUUAAUAUUUUGAAAGUUGAAAUAAGUUUGGUUAUUCCAGUUGAAGGCCGAUUAUUCAGAGCUUUACCUCUGGUGAGAAUACUUGAUCAUGUUUGUUUUAGAUGUUAAUGUCUUUUAAACUAAAUGAAUUUGAAUUAGACUGAUUGUAUGAUUACUCUGAGAGUAAUACUGAUUUCUGAUGGCAGGAAAAAUGCACUUGAGUGGAAAUGAGUAAGUAAGAUUAUUUGUUGUGUAAAAAUGUUUACAGAUAAAGUGGAUGUGUCCCUCUAACUGAAUCUGUUGGGUCCUGGAGGAGUUCGGACAGUCUCAAAUAGUUUUUUCAUCCCAUAUUUCCUUUUUUUUUUCUGAAAUGAAAUAUUGAAUCAAAGUUGUUUAAUCAUUUUCUUGCUAAAUCAUUUUGUUACCCAUAAGCACUUCUGUUUGAAUUUUGUUGACUGUUUCAAAUGCAUGUAACCAAGUUUUGCAAUGUAUCCACUGUGAACCUUACUGUACCGUGUUUUGUAUCUAAACAAGACGUUAUAGAGUUUAAAUACCAGUGUUAAUGAUGGUUCAAUAUCCUCCAAUAAAACAUCUAACGAGA